CAUAAGGCUCCACGACUCGGAAAAGUAUAUCACUGCGCAUUAGAUAGCUUGGAGAAGAGGGGAACAUUUUUUUUGCAAAUUAGGAUCGGUGCUAAAUGAUUCUUCAAGAAAUGCAGAAAGCUAUAGGUGCUUACAGGGAAGUGCUGAGGCUGGUGAGGCAACUUCCCAAGGACUCACGGCCUUACUACGCAAAAUACGCCCGAGAAAACUUCGUCAACUACAGAGAAAUCGACUCAAAUGAUCCAAAUGCUCUCCAAGAACUCCUUCAACGAACUUACAAUCAUUCCCUCUGGGUCCUCAAAAAGUAUUCAGUGGACCAAUCUGCGGCGGAUCGCUUGAAAAAUAUAUGCUCUGACUGAUGUCCGGCUUGUCUACCAACUGUUUGUUACUAUUUCACAAAGAGAUUUGUUCGUUUGUUGCUCUUUCUUUCUUGCUUGUACUUUAAAUUGGGAUAUUCAUAGACAAUUGGUAUACAGUUUCUGAUACUUCAUAAUCUUGUGUUUCUGAUAUUAGGAUACAGAAGGCGGUAGCUUUUGCAAUGUAGUUAAGUUCUGAUAAUAACUGUUCAAAAUAGAAUUCAUGAGAAAUAACUACGUAAUUUUUAGUAA